CUCGUAUAACCUAGAAUCUUGACACUUCGAGAGCACUGCGUCGUGCGAAUUGUGAACGGACGAUUAACGCCGGACGAACCAUACGAACAUUUCUCGAACCGAUAUUUAUAGUGUUGUUGAUGAAUAAUCUGUGCUGGUGAAAUUAUAAUUCGAACCAAAAGAUUGUGGAUAAUAGGAGCAUGAGAUUGACAGAAAUAACGUAUCAGCUCUGCAUCGUGUCGCGGUAUUUCUAAACGCGGGUUGGUUAUUUCUUUACGCUCCUCCCUCCCCGCCAGACCCUGGACCCUAUCCAAAAAUCGCACAGCAUCCUUGCGCGCGAAACACGCGUACGCCGGUGGACGCACAUUGUGUGCCCGUACUUCGCUGUACAUAUCUGUGAAUAGUGUAUUUUAAGCGUUAGUUUUACGGAAUUUAGUGUGUGAAAAAAACGCUACGCUUCGUAGUAACUGCAACGGUCGCAAAUAAUCGUCGAAACCGACCAGUGCAUCGCUCGACUGGUCGAGUUCCGUGGAACUCGAACCGCGAAUCGGAAAGAAUACCCACCAUUAAUUGGAUCGAAUUUGUGAAAAAGAGGCAACCGAGCCAACAGCACGCGGGAUCCGAAUUUCUCCGAUUUAUUAUCGACUCCUGUCCCCCGCGCCCCGGUUUCCUACCCCUCCAAUUUCCCUCCGAACGGUCGUCGAUGAACAAGCAAUUGUCGUUUUUCGUAUGUUUCAAUUAUUUUUUCCUUCCGACUCCGACAUCCCCUCAGUUUUGUUGGGCCGUUGGUCGAGCGGUUGUAUCGUUCGGUAAAACCCGAAAGAUCGAAUAGACUAGAGAGCGAGUUGCGUCCGUUCGACGGUUCCCUUUGUGUUUCUCGUUUCGUUUUUCGUAUCGUCCGGCAGUGUUGUCAAAAAUCCGGCAGCACCGCUCGCGGCCAGCUGCCAUUGCUGUACUUUCCUGUGGUGUCUGGCGUUCGUCGAUCCGCGGCAUCGUAACAAAUAGAAGAUUUCUCUACGGUUGAUCGUUCCCGUUGUCGUUGUCGGCAUCGUCGUCGUGGAAACAGCGGAGAUGCGACAGUGUUAAGGGUCGCACGCCGUCGGAACAUGCCCGCGGAACAAACGUAACGGGUGAUCUAUACCUUUGGCUCCGGACGCCGGUUCUGACCGAGCUAACCUUCACGGCGAAGGUUCUUCUUAUCUGUCCAACCGUCGUUGAACGUGCCCGUGGCAGCGGUACAAAUUGACAGAACCAUGAAGUGGCUCGGUGCGAGUAGCGCUGGUGCAGCGGGUGAACCGGCACCUUCCGUGCAAUUACACCAUCCUUCCGCUAACGGACAUAUACCCACGGAUGCAGAGCAAUGCGGACAAGUAAUGGCUGGCGGUGAUAGUAUGCGUAUUCAACCUGGCCAGACACAUCAAAUGAGUGUAAGCAGAACGCAGGAUGAUGCCAUGGUUGGUUACGUGUUCCAACGCCCCACUGAGCCAGAAUUUAAUGCCCAGUCCUCAACCUUUCAAACAAAACAGGCACCGAGAGCCUGGGCUCUUGCGGACGAUGCUAUCAUUGAUAAUAACCCAGAAAAGUGGAAGUAUCCGAUUACCAAACUGAGUGUACCACAACAAAAUCAACCGCAACAACUAGGACUACAAACUAUGAACAAUGUUCAUCUACCUUAUGAAAUACAUCCGAUGCAACUGAAAAGUGGAGCACCUGGCGCAGAACACUUGGUCUAUCUCAAUAACCAAAUAACAGCUCAGCAACAAGUUGCACUUUUUCAUCAUCAACAGCAACAACAACAACAGCAGCAAUUCAGGAAUGGUCAGAUCGCUCCCUCGGCAAAAAAGCUCUGGGGCGUGGACGAGGGCGGCUCCAAGGACGAAGGAGGUGUAAAAGGCGGUGGGAUACUUCACCUGGGCGACCACCAGAUGUGGCGUGAUUCAACAUGGAGUACCUCAGAUCAUGCCGUGUCACAGCCGAUUUCCAUGGGUACUGGUAGGCGCGUGGGUGUUGGAACAGGAUAUCAUCAUCAGACGUCAGAAGUUGGAACGGUCCUCAGCCCUAGAAGCAGCGAGACGGGUGGUCUGGGUGUUAAGAUGGUGGAGUACGUUCUUGGAUCGAGCCCCACGACACCGAAAGAUCUGGAACCCCGGAUGGUUUCACUGAGAUUGAACACAGACGCAGACAAGAAAGAAAAAGAGAAGGGCUCGGCAAGCCCUUUCGACAGUUCUAAGGACGACACUGGCCCACAGAAUAACGGACUGGCCUCGCAAAACGGUCUCGACGAUGACAAAGGAUUUAAUCGCACGCCCGGCAGCCGCCAGCCAUCGCCUGGCGAGGAGGAAUUCCAGAAGAACGCGGCCGCCACCCUCGCGGUGAGCACGGGGGCUGGCGGCGUGGUGUUGCUGAAGCCGGGGGUGGAUGUGGUGGGCAGCGAGGAGCAUUUCAUGGCCGCUUUCGCCCCGGCACCUCCGCAUCAUCUCCAACACCACCAGGCGCCGCCGACGCAUCAUCUCCAGCAUCCGCAUUCCCACGCGGCUCAGCUCUUUGGCGCACAGGCUCCGCCACCCCCGCAGGGCCCGCCACCGUCCCAGCAACAACAGCAGCAACAGGGACCUCCGCAACCGCAAGACACCACCACUCACUUUGAUGUUCAGCAAUUGUUCCGAAGCCAGCCGCAAGGUGCGACGCCGCAGCAGCUCCAGCUGCUGCAGCAGCAACAACAACAGCAGCAGCAACAGUAUCUGGCCGCGUCCCAGGCGCAGCAGCAGCAGCAACAACAGCAACAGCAGAACUUCCCCACCGCGCCGUACACCGUGAUCAGCGGCCAAGAGCCGUACGUGGGUGCGCUGAUCGCCGGAGCACCUCCGCCGGUGGUGCCACAGUAUUAUGGGGUCGCCCCGUGGGUCUACCCCGCAGGGUUGCUGCCGCAAGCACCCCCGCAGGCGGCCGCGCCACCGCCGCCCAGGAGGCCGAUGACACCGUCCUCGGCCGCAGCCGCGGCGGCUGCCGCCCAAGACACCGCAAAUAAUUUGGCGCAGACUGUCCAGGGCCAGUACCAGGUGAUACCGGCGUUCUACGAUCAGAACGGGUCCAUCGUGAUGGGCGGCGUUCGCGGACUCAGCUCGGCAGCCACCCCCAUGAGGCUGGUGAGCCCUGCGCCGGUUCUGGUGAACAGGGCCCCGUCGCAACCACCACCGGGACCACCGGCCCCCCCACCGCCGAGUCUAUAUUCCCAACCGACACCAACGUCCCACAGCAACGCGACACCCGGAGAAUGUUUGGGUCUCGCAGCGUGCAGUGCAGCAGCGGUGGUUGCACAAGCCCAAGCGGUCGCGGUACAACAGGCGCAGCAGCAGGGAUCAGGACUGGCCGCUGGAUUAGCGGCCCUGGGAUACGGCGGCUCCCCUCUGGGGGCACUAGGCUCUCCAGCUCAGCUACAGAGCACAGGUCUGGGUCUCGGCGCUUCUUCAACCGCGCGAAGAGACUCCUUCGAUAGGAACACCUCCGCCUUCAGCCCCAGCUUGGAGUAUUCCCGUACAAAAUGGCCGCAGAGUUACGGCGCGCUAGGUACGGUAACGGCGUCCCCAAGCCCAUUAGGAUUAUCCUUAACACCGCCACCAACUUUGGGAGGAUCUUUGGGCGGACUGGUCGGCGGAGCUAGCCGGGUGUCCGCCGCUCCCGGGGCCGAGGCGAAGUUCCGUGCCAGCGCAGUCCCAGCUUUAACGGCUAAUGGAGUUUUCGGCUCCAGCAGCUCCCUUUUCCCUAACUUGGUAGGCAAACCCGGCCGCGGAGGCACCACCAGCAUCGGGGACAAAAACGCUGGAGGACGAUCACGUUUGCUCGAAGACUUCAGGAAUAACCGGUUCCCGAGCCUCCAGCUACGCGACCUGGCCAAUCACAUAGUCGAGUUCAGUCAAGAUCAGCACGGCUCCCGUUUCAUUCAGCAGAAAUUGGAGCGGGCCUCGGCCAGCGAAAAGCAGCUCGUGUUCCAAGAAAUCCUUACCUCCGCUUAUUCACUGAUGACAGACGUUUUUGGGAAUUAUGUUAUUCAGAAAUUCUUCGAGUUCGGCACGGCGGAACAGAAAUCCACCCUCGCUCAAAAGGUUCGAGGACACGUGCUGCCCUUGGCACUGCAGAUGUACGGCUGCAGGGUGAUUCAGAAGGCUCUGGAAUCGAUCGGGCCCGAACAGCAGCAGGAGAUAGUCCGGGAGCUCGAUGGUCACGUUUUGAAGUGCGUGAAAGAUCAAAAUGGGAAUCAUGUGGUGCAGAAAUGUAUUGAGUGCGUCGAGCCUCGAGCUCUGCAGUUCGUGAUCGGAGCGUUCGCCGGUCAGGUCUACUCGUUGAGCACUCAUCCGUACGGGUGCAGAGUCAUCCAACGUAUACUAGAGCAUUGCACUCCUGAACAAACUCAGGGCAUCCUUCAAGAACUGCACGCUGCCACUGAUCAGCUCAUUCAAGAUCAGUAUGGUAAUUACGUUAUCCAGCAUGUACUCGAACAUGGAAAACCAGAGGAUAAGGCGCAGUUGAUCAGCAGCGUAAGGGGUAAAGUACUUACUCUGUCGCAACACAAAUUCGCGAGCAACGUUGUUGAAAAGUGCGUGACUCACGCCACGAGACAGGAGCGUUGCGUGCUGAUCGAAGAAGUGUGCGGCUUCAACGACAACGCAUUGAACGUAAUGAUGAAGGACCAGUACGCCAACUACGUGGUGCAGAAGAUGAUCGACGUGGCGGAGCCAGCGCAGCGCAAGGUGCUGAUGCACAAGAUCCGUCCGCAUCUAGGCAGCUUGCGCAAAUACACCUACGGGAAGCACAUAAUCGUGAAAUUGGAGAAGUUCUUCAUGAAGACGGCGUCCGCGAUGGGUGUUGCGACACCCGCCGGUGCUUCAAGUGGCGGUGGUGAUCUGGGUCCCAUCGGACCGCCUGCUUCUGCUGCUGGCCCAGUCUCGACGCCAGCUCAGCAGCCAACGCAGGUCCUGUAAAAGCGUACGGUCUCUGAAAGCAACAACCGCUCGGGGUAUCGUCGUACGUCUUAGGAUCACGCACGUACCGAGAGAGACCUACGUAAAUAUUUAUUGCAACGUAUCUUAUAUCGCCAUUUUAUUUAUAAUGGACGAGGAAAACCGAGGACAAGAGGUUCUCCGUAGUGGUUGCGCCGCUCUCGUCCCCAUUCGCCCCUCUCUCCCGGAACUUGUAAAUCCCGACCGGAAACUGCGACGACGAUAAUGGAAAAAAGGAAGAAUUACCGACACGAUUUUUCUUAUUUUUGCAAACCAAAAGAAUAGUACGUGAAACCAGAGAAACACUUAAACAGAAAGAGAGAAGGAAAGAAUGAGAGAGACACGCGAUAUUUGUACAGUGUUUAAACAAGAGAGGAGGGCGAAACGGCGACUAUAGCGGCGCGACGUCAACACACGGAUACUUGAAGGAGAGUCGUGUACGCGUAUUCCGAAGAAUGAUCAAUUUUUGUAGAAUAACGUUAGAGGUGCAGUGCAUUUUUUCUAUUAGUAAUCUAACGUGCUGCCGAGUUAUUAUAUUCGUAGCGAGUCGCGGGCCGCGCCGAGGAGAAGCGCGCGUGCCCCGACGGUUUGCACCGAGAAAACUAACGUGUAUCCUUGAGAACCGAGUUUCUUCGAGACGGCUGGACAAGCACCGAGAGCUUGGAAUCGCGAACAAGAAACUGCAGUGCUGAGAUGACUGAAUGUCUUGUCAUCGCUCGUUUUUUAAUCGAUCAGUUUCACACACGUAAACUUCGCAAAAGGAAAAGACGAUAAAACAAUUAAACACACAGCACGAACAAAAAAACACGUUCCGACGAAUUUUUUUUUAUUAGGAACAGGAGUUGAAAUACUACUUUUUAAUUAUCCCACCCCCACCCCCCUCGUUUAUUGCGUUGGAAUCGUUCUUCGACUAACACGUCAAGUUUAAUUAUCGAUCCUUAUUGAAAACUCAGCACUCUGUCGAGGGAGCGUACAGAGCUCUGACCUCUGGCAAACAAUUUAACCGACAACAUGCAAAGUUAAGCAAGCAAGCAAAAGCAAGCAGGCAAACAAAAAAAAUAUAACGUAGAAAAACCGCGAAAAAGAGUAAAGAGAAUAGCAAGACGAGAAGAGCGUGCGCGAGAGACCGCGCGCGAACUCUCGGUUUGAACGGCAAAAGGUUCGAAGAAGAGGUGGAAAAAAUUGUGUUUAGACAGCUAGGAUAGAUCUUAGAGCUGCAUGCAUUUAUAUCGAGUUGUAACGUAAGUGCGAUGGCCGUAAAAUAUACGCAUGCACGAGACGUCUUGGUCGCUAGCGUGUGUACCGGUAAAACCGUACCGCCUUUGCACGCUGAAAGUAGUAUUAUCCUCGAGUGUGUCCGGUACACGCGUCGUCCGACCAACGAAUCGGUAUCGGUUCAGAUUCGAUAGAUGGUUAGGAGCUACAGAUACGUUGAUUAAAAUCUAGCAUAGCGUUUGACAUGGGAAUGAAGCUGAGUAACUCAGACCUGACCGCUGAUCUGCCCCCCUUUAAACCCCCUAAUCCCCCUUUGAUUGCUUCAGAUUGUUCGUGAAAUAAAAACGAGAAAAUGCGAAAGAAAAGAUAUAUACGUAUAUAGAUGAUAUAGGACGCAACAGAAACGGAAAGCAAAAAGAUAACCGAUUUCGUUAUUCUCGAUUUAGAAAGGAACACUUUGGAAAAAGAAACGGAUCAGUAUAGAACCUAAAUAAAUAAUACGUGUUGUUUCUUCUCGAUGAUAGACUCUAGCAGAAAGGACGGAGUUAAAGAAAGGAUUAGGAAAGGAAAGAAAAGGAAAUGAUAGGAAAUGACAGUUGACAAAAUAAUAAUAAUAAUAAUGAGGAGAGACAUCAAGUCGUCAGCACGGUUCUCCUUUGUUCGUUUUACGUUUGUCGCCUUUGAGCGCGGAGCAUUUUUUUCUACUCUCUUAAAACGAUCCUUUUUACAUCCUCCACACCCCCUCUUCCUUCUCCCAUCUCGUGUCUUGUGUCCCACUUCAUCCCCGCCCCCACCCCCCUUGCAUCCCUGUCACUGUAUCCUGUAUCCUGCAUCCUAUAAUCCCGUACCCCUCGGAAAAUCCCCUUCCUCCGUUCCCCAAUGAUCCUCGAAUUUUGUAAAUUGUGAUAUAAAUAAAUAACAAAUGUGUAUAGGUACGACGUGACAAACCCUAUCGUGAGGAACCGUAAAUUCAAUGAAUAAUUUUAUUUUUCACGGGAAUUCUCUCCUUUUUAACGGACUUUGUGAAUAUCGUGUAUUAUAAUAAUUACUAAUUAUAUUAAAUUUAAAUAUGAUUUACGUUCUAAUGCUGCUGA